GCAAAGCCAUUAUGAAAUGCUGGGCAUCGCAGUUUUCGCACAUCGCUGUUCAAUAUAAAAGGAUUAAUGGCCAGGCAAUAAAUACUCCUAUGGCUGUAAUAAUACAAGAAAUGGUGAAGGCUGACGUUGCUGGCGUUAUGUUUACGUGCGAUCCAGUCACCUCGAAUCCUAAUUAUUUGACUAUUUCUGCAAAUUAUGGACUAGGAGAAUCUGUAGUAUCGGGCUCAUCGGAAGCUGAUACGAUAACUCUGUGGCGAAAUCACGAGAAUCGACUUAGUAUUCAUUCUUCAAAUGUUGGAUCAAAGAAAACUAAAAUUGUUUCGAAGGAAUCCGGAGGAAUAGAAGAAGUCAAUAAUUCGGAAGAAAAUAAAUUAUGUUUAAACGAUGAACAAAUACUUCGACUGGGAAACAUUGGAAUUUUGAUCGAAGAAUACUUUGGAAGUUUAAGAGAUAUUGAAUGGGCCAUUCGUGGAAAUGAUAUUUAUCUUUUGCAGGUAAUUAUGACGUCGAUAAUAAUACAACCAAACCUAAUAUUUUAAAGAAACACUAAAUAAAUGCAUUUUGUACAAAUGUAUCAUCAUCCAAA